CUAUAGAAAACAGCAGGCGGUAGAAGAAGAAGAAGAAGAAGAAGAAGAGGAGAGAGAAGCGUGCCUUCACGAUUUUCCCUCCGUUAAAAACAAGUAAAUAGAAGCUGUUUGCACGUUAAUAAAACCCCCAAUCACUUUCACUCCUUAUUUCUUCCCUCUCUUUUAAACAAAUCAAUCUCUCUAUCUUUUCCCUAUAUUCACUCCCUCUUUCUUUCUUUUUCUCUCUCUCUCUGUUUUUUCUCUGUUUUCUCUGUUUCUUUGCUCCAUUUGUUGCGGUUAUCAUGAGGACACUUUGCCCUAAUUUCGAUAGAGAAGAUGGGCUUGAAACUGUGCUAGAAGUCCCAAUUCCAGAAGAAAUGUUUCCUUCAUCCAAAAAUAAAUGGCCAAAUAUGAAAUCUUGGAUGAAAACUAACCCUGGUAGAGCUCCUGCAAGUUACCCUUUUGCUGAUCGAAACUCUCAAAUUCAGCUUCUUCUUGGUGUAAUUGGUGCUCCAUUGAUUCCUCUUCCAAUUCCUUCUGAUCAUAAAGUUAAUAAAUGCAUCAAAGAUCACCCAAUUGAAUCUUCGAUGGCGAAAUACAUCAUUCAUCAGUAUAUUGCGGCAAUGGGAGGUGAUCAUGCUUUGAAUUCGAUUGAUAGCAUGUAUGCAAUGGGGAAGGUGAAGAUGAUGGCGUCUGAAUUUAGUGCUGGUGAAGGAUUGUCUGUGCAUAACCCGAAAUCAGAUACCAAUAAAGUGGUGAAGGUUAAAGGAAUGAGGCAUGGUGGUGAAGUGGGUGGUUUUGUUUUAUGGUCGAAGAAGCCAGAUUUGUGGUGCUUGGAGCUUGUUGUUUCUGGCACUAAGAUUAGUGCUGGAAGUGAUGGGAAGGUUGCUUGGAGGCAAACCCCUUGGCACAACUCUCACGCCUCUCGAGGCCCGCCGCGACCUCUCCGGCGUUCAUUGCAGGGUCUUGAUCCCAGAUUGACAGCAAACUUAUUCACCAAUGCUAUCUGCAUCGGCGAGAAAUUAGUAAACGAUGAGGAUUGCUUUGUACUAAAGCUCGAAGCGAAUACAUCAACACUUGAAGCGAGGAGCAGCAGCAAUGUAGAGAUAAUCCGCCACACAGUUUGGGGAUACUUCAGCCAAAGGACAGGACUUCUUGUCCAGUUAGAAGACACUCACCUUUUAAGAAUAAAGACUUCAAAGAGUGAUAGCAUCUUUUGGGAAACGACCAUGGAAUCCCAGAUCCAAGACUAUCAAACAAUUGAUGGUGUUAACAUAGCACAUUCUGGUAAAACUUCAGUCUCGUUGUUCAGGUAUGGAGAAAACUCCGAAAACCAUUCAAGAACACGCAUGGAAGAGGUCUGGUCGAUUGAAGAAGUAGACUUUAACAUUAAGGGAUUGUCCAUGGAUUGUUUUCUACCUCCUGCUGAUUUAAAGAAAGAGGAUGAGGGAUUCGCUGGUGUUGUGCCAAACAACAUUAAACCAACCACAAAAACACAAAACAUUCCGAAGGUUGUCAACACAAAGGUUAGCACUGCUAAGGUUGCUGCUGUUGAUGAUCAUCAUUCAGAGAAUUUGGAUGGGAGUGAAAGGAUGUAGACUCCAACAUCAGUUUUGUGCAGAUUUGUACAUAUGACAUUACAGUUUUCCAUGUCUUAUAUAUAUGUUAGCGGAGGAGUGAGAACGCGAAAUGUACAGCCAUGACUAACAUGAAUUAUAGGUUUGCUCAACUAAAGUUGAGCUUCUCAUGUAUAGUAGACCUUCCAACUGUAUGAACUUGUUAGAGUCAUGACUGUACAUAAGCGCUCCAUGAUGUAGCUAUAUACGAGUUGUUACAGUUUCCGGUAGAGGGCUUUUUUAGAGGCUUGUGUUUUUAUGGAAGUCUUGGCCUCUCGGAAUCAAUGCCAUCAAAUUUGCAAGUUGCAACUAUAUAUAUAUAUUGAUUCACAAAUGAAGUGAAGAAUACUU